AUGGAUCAGUUCCGUGGGCUAUUUGUCAAACUGGACCAAAACAAAGAUGGAUUCAUAUCAGUGACAGAGCUGCACAAAGAAAUGAGCAAGUUUGGGAUCAACUCGGCAGAUGGAAAGGCCCAGAAUAUCAUUGAUUCUUAUGAUAAGAACAAAGAUGGCCUCCUGGAUUAUAAAGAGUUCCUCGGCUACAUGAUGGACAGAGAGAAGAAAUGGAAAAUUUACUUUCAUGACCUUGACAAGAACAAGUGUGGGGUGAUUGACCAGGAGGACGUCAUUUGUUUGUUUAAGGAGAUAGGAGUGGUCAUUUCAAAGCCGAAUGCAAAAAAAAUAAUACAAAUGAUGGACAAGGACAGUUCCAUGACAGUGGACUGGGGCGAGUUCCUGCACCACGUCAUCCUCAACCCUGUGGACAGCAUCGGGGAGCUGGUGACCUCAUGGAAACACCAGCUGGUUUUCGAUGUCGGGGAGAGUCGUGCGAUGCCCCUUGAGUUCCCUGAGGAGGCGUCUGGCUUCGGUGCUUGGCGGACGUUUGUCCUGGCAGCAGGUCUCGCUGACGCUGUGUCCAGGACUGUGACGGCGCCCAUCGACCGCCUUAAGACCCAACUUCAGGUUCAUGGAUCCAAGGCCUUCUCCCAAGGCUUCCAGGAGGUGAGAGCAGGCGGUCUGCGGUCGAUGUGGCAGGGCAACGCUGUCAACGUGCUGAAAGGAACGCCGCAGUCCACGCUCCAGUGUCUUAUCUACGCCCAGAUGAAGGUCUACACCCAAAACCGAACCCAGGAGCCUCUGACGGUGCAGCAGCGCUUCGGGUUGGGCUGCGUGUCCGGGGCGGUGGUUCACGCUGCCUUCUACCCUUUAGAGGUGUUGAAAGUGAGACUGAACCUGCAGCAAAUUGGAACUUACCACGGCAUGGUGGCCUGCACCCGCUCCAUUUACAGACAGGAGCGUUUGUCCUCGUUUUACAGAGGAUUCAAACCCAGCAUCAUGUGCAUGAUCCCCUACGCAGGCGUGGAGUGUGCAGUUCACCAGUCGAUUAUGAACUGGGCGAAGAGCGAUCCAGCCUACAACAGUGACUCCAAACUGUUCUUCUUCAGUUUCGUGGCCUUUGCCUCUGGACAAAUGACCAGUUACCCACUGGCAGUGAUCCGCACGCAGCAGCAAGCUCAGGCUCUCAGCUCUGCCUCAAGUCCAGCUUCUGGCAUUUUACGAGGACUUAUUGGUAUAUAUGAAAGACAUGGACUGAGAGGAUAUUACAACGGCAUGGGAGCCAGCUUUGUCCGGGCUGUUCCUUGUGCCUUGAUAAACUACACUUUGACUAGGAAGUUUGAAAAUGUGUUUUCUUCCAUGGAGUCCUGAGGUUUGGCAGAAAUUAUGUUUUCUGUGCAUGCUGUGAUUUAGUUUUUAAACAUCUUGUUUCAGGGACAUCAUCAGGAACAUGAGGAUAAAUACAAAAACCCUGGACUGUUGUCAAUGUGAACUGAGUGAAAAUGACUGGAUCUAAAAAACCUGCAAAAGUCAAAUCUCUGAGAUGUGAAUUAUCAUGUGAUACAGCUUUUAAUGCCUCUGUAGCUUUUUGACUCAGGUUAGAGUUCUUCCCUCUGACAAGGACCAUGAGACGUGGUGAAGUAUUUGAAAAACCAUAAACCUCACUGAGAGCUGACGCAUACUUGACUUGAAAUUUACAAUGUGACUGUGAUAUAAUAAAGUGUAGUCAGUGUCCAUGU